AUGCCGAAUCACAAGAAAAUCAGCAGAAGAAAGCACGCCACUGACAAAUCACAGGGUUUCCAUGAAGAUUUCUGUAACGCUAGAGUUCCCAGGGUUGUAAUCGGGCUUGAGGAGUACCUUGACAAGUAUUAUACACAAAAGGGAAGGCAUCAGGCUGUGGAGAUGGCAGGCUGCAUGACAAGGAAUCGUAGAGACAUGCAGGCAUUCCUAGGUGUUCAGGUGAGCAGGAAUGUGGACUACAGCACUAUGAGCACGACUCAGAGACCAUGGUGUGGUGUUCCUGACAUAGCAAACUAUCAGCUCUUUCCAGGAGAGCCCAAAUGGGAGAAGAAUAGGACCCUGACACAUGUUUUUGACAGUGCAGAGAAGUGGACUGUGGGAACAAACGGAUUUAAUUUAUUCACUGUUGCUGCCCAUGAAUUUGGACAUGCUCUGGGCCUCGACCAUCCCACUGAUCCAUCUGCUUUGACGUAUCCUACUUACAAAUACCAGUGUCCAUUUGGAUUUUGUUUGCCAAAGGACAAUGUGAAAGAGAUACAAGCAUUGUAUGGUACAUUCUUUUCUGCCUCUUUUGAUGCUGUUACAGUGCUGGGAGAAGUAAUUCUCUUGUUCAGAGACAGAAGCUUUUGGAAGAGAUGCUCACUGACCAUUCCUUCCUUUCCUCAGCUCAUGUCAAAUGUUGUUGCUGCUUAUGAAGUUCCUGAGACGGGUUUGGUUUAUUUUUUCAAAGGCCCUCAUUACUGGGUAACUCCAGGAUUUCAAACACAGAGAUUUAUUUACUUCUUUUCUGGUCCAAAAGCCUAUAAAUAUGACAGAGAGAAGGAAAAUGUGAUUAAUAUUGUGAAAACCAGUUCAUAGAUUGGUUGCUACAACAGUCCUCAGCAGAUCAUCAGAAGGAAGUAG